AUGGCCCCGCAAGGCGAUCGAGGCGGUCUCCCCUGGGUGCGUUUCGUCCAGGAAAUCGGAAUGAUGAUAGUUACGAGUAUGGUUGCAUACGGUGGCGUCAAAUUAGUCCUGAACCACCUUACACCGCCGGACCCAGAGAACCAAAAACAAGAGGAGCAACGACAGAAGUCAGCUGCAGUUUUGCGCAAAAUAUAUGGCUCGAAGGCAUCAAAGGAUGGCUCACCCCGACCCGAACUUGUACUCAACCAAUAUGAACAAGCGAUUGCGACAGAGCUCGUCGAUCCGAAGGAUAUUCCCGUUCGAUGGGAUGAUAUUGCGGGCCUGGACGAUAUUAUCAAGGAUCUCAAGCAAUCAGUGAUUUGGCCGUUGAUGUAUCCGAAAUUGUUCGCCGCGAACCCCGAUACUCUGCGAAGCGCACCAUCUGGCGUCAUUCUAGAAGGACCACCGGGUUGUGGAAAGACUAUGAUUGCUAAGGCACUGGCGGCCGAAAGCGGGGCUUCUUUUAUCAACUUAAACAUCUCUACUCUGACCGAUAAGUGGUAUGGUGAAUCAAAUAGGCUCGUCCGGGCAGUGUUCACUCUCGCGCGCAAGGUUCAGCCCUGCAUUAUUUUCAUCGACGAAAUCGACGCUCUUCUCGCCAAACGGUCAGAACGCGACCACGAAGCUAGUGGAAUGGUGAAGGCAGAGUUCAUGACACAUUGGGAUGGUCUCCAAUCAGAAAGCUCAACGGAGGGACGCCAGCGUAUUGUUGUUUUUGGUGCUACAAAUCGUAGCGACGCUAUUGAUAAGGCCUUUAUCCGACGACUUGGAGGCAAGCCUAUUGAGGUGCGACCUCCAGAUGCAAGAGGCCGUGCAAUCCUUUUCAAGAAGCUCCUCAAGAACGACUAUGUCGACUGGGUGGACCUAGAUCUACAAGAGGAGAAGGAAGAUUUGGUCAAGAUGUCUAUCUCAGAAUUGAUCCGGAAACCAUUGAUCUGGAGAACAGAAGGUUGGACCGGUAGCGAUAUCAAAGAUGCAUGUGUCAGAGCCGUCAACACCACGACGCCUUACGAGACUAUUGAGGCAAUGCUCUCUACGGGUAAAGAUCUGAACCAGGUGGCUACCGAGGAGGUGUUGAAUCCCGUCCGAUUGAGCAACUUUUUCAAAGAUGUUGAAUUUCAACCAAUUUCUCAACAGACUGUCAUCGCAUCCGUUGCCCAGGGAAAGAUUGUCGAGGAGAAGGUGGACUGGUACACCGAAUCUGAAACGACCUCGAGCGAUGACCGCGCGAUGAGAGCCGAAUCUCCUGACCCAUGA